CAUCAAUUGUGAUUAACGAGGGAUUUGGGUGACUCCACAAGGUUCACACUUGCUCUCCCUUGAGAUUGUCUUUCUGCCUUUGUCGUGAUGACGUCUAUUCAGGAAACAGUGGACACGCCAGCACCAGGAGGGCCUGACGCAAUCUCAGAUUCAGCUCAGAAGAGAGGACGCAAGAGGAAGCCUUGAGCAAAGAGCAGCUCAUACAGCGGCGACUGGAUCAUUUGCAAGAGCUGCAGGAACUGUACAAGGCUGAGUUAUGGGGCACGCUGGAGGAGAUGCGCGCACGUUACCACCACUUCAAGGCCCCUGAUGGUGCAGCAGAUGCAGAUGGGUCUUCAAGUUUUCAAUCCCUCCAGACGCUGCUGGGGAAGCGCAAGGCGCAGGAAGCCCCUGCGGCAAGCACAGGCGAGCCACAGGCAGCUGAAGGGGUACAUGAGACAACAGAGGUGGAUGUGGUCAUGGUUGAAGCAGAGGCAGCGCCCAGCGACCAGUCGUCAGGCUCAAAGCAAGAUGGCGAUGGGACAGAGGCUGCGAGGGAUGGCAGUGCACCCCGUGGUGAUGGUGCAGAGGGCAGUAAUCGGGUGGGGCCUCUAAGCUUUGGCUUGUGGCUGGACCCUGCUGCAAGCCUCCCCCAAAAGGAGAUGAGGGGUAAUAAUGCGGAUGCGGGAGAUCCUCCGACAUUCUCAGAGGCUGAGGACAUUGUCCUGGCAGACAAUGGCACGCCAGCCGAUGCAGAAACUCUGACCACGCUGCGGCGGCAGACGCGCGCGCGGCUGGGCCGCAUCGCUCGCCUGGAACAGGCGUGUGCUUCCACAAUCACUCUUUUGCACAGCUUAAUGGCGGCGUCUGCCAGCACAGCGCGCCAGCUGGACAGGGCAGGCGCGCUGGCAAUGCUGUCAGGCAAGCGCGUGAGGUUUGUGAUCAAGCGCUCGGCCUUCUCAAUCGGCCGCCCCACCAGCUCCCACGGCGCAGUGGAUGUGGAUCUGGGGCGGGAGGGGGAUGCCUCGCGCGUGUCGCGGCACCAGGCGCGUGUGGCGUUGCGGCCAGACGGAGCCUUCGCCGUCACCAACUGCGGCCGCCGCAAGCUCCACAUCAACGGCUGCCAGGUGGAUCGGGGCCAGUCGGCGGUGAUGCAGCACUUGAGCCUGCUGGAAGUUGGGGGAAUCCGCCUGCUGCUGCACAUCAAUCACAGCGCCGUGCGCCGCCUCCUCGCGCGCUCAUCCUCCUUCGGGGACUUCCCCGGCAGCUGA